GGCAGUGUCACAACUGGACUGAAAUUGUUCCCAAGCACAAGGGCAGCAAUGCUGCUCAAAGUAACACCCCGAGUGAGACCCUUCCCUCUGUGGGGACCUUCCCUUGCAUUGAGCAGCCCUUGGACAUCCCACCGGGCAGUCUGUUCCCUUUGGGGUCACACACAUCUCCCUGUUGUAUCAUUUUGGGCUGGUUUUCCCCUUUUACAGCCAGCUGGGUCACACCCACCAGGAUUCCUGACCCCUCCUGCCUGUGUGCUGUCUCCUCGUACCUCUGGCCACAUUUAUGGCUCUGUCCCAAGCUCCCAGCAAUUUAUGAUUAACCCUGGGGCUGGGGAUGCUGAGCAGGAGCCGUGUCCAGCAGGAGUGAUGCCACAGGACAUUCCUGCCACCCUGGGGUGCUUUGGGGUGGGAUGGCAUCCCCUGGUCCCUGCAGGACUCCAGGGAGCCGAUCCCUGUGUCCUGCUGGGCUCCAUCUCCUGUUGUCCUCCCUGUCACCUCCCUCUGUCCCCCAUCCCAGCGCUGCUGUCCCCCUGCAGCUGGGCUCAUUCUGGGCUCAUUCUGGGCUCAUUCUGGGCUCAUUCUGGGCUCAUUCUGGGCUCUUUGCUCCAUCUCCACACGCCAGGCUCUGUCCAAGGAGCCGGGCAGGGCUGGCACUCUGACCCUGCUGGGUGUUCAGGGUGGGUGCUGUGGGUUUGGGACUGGCCCCAAGGGGCUGCAGCCACCCUGUCCCCCCUGUGCCCCCAGCACAGCCCAGCCAACCUGGGUUUGCUCUGCCACAGCCAUCCCUGGUCCUCCCUGCUUUGGGGGUUCACCUGGGUUCACACAGGUUUUUUGGGGGUUUGCUCCCCCGUUCCACAGAGGGCUGGGAGGUGGGGAAGGGUCCAGCAUCACCGAGCCCCGUUUCCUUCCUGCCCCAUCCCGGGGCUGUCAGCGCCUCGGCGCCUUUCAGGGCCCUCGCAAAGAGCAGAUUUAUUUUCUGCUAUGCUGAGAAUUAGCUCCCCUUUCUUCCUCUUCCCUCUGCCCCCGCUGGAAAGAGAGAGAAUGCAGGGAAGAAGAAAGGAUUUCCAUCGCGGCGGUGAUUGGCACAGCCCUGAAUGAGAGGUCAUUCCAGCCGGCUCUUUCUUUUCAGGGCCCUUUUUUCCUGCUCCCUGUAUUCAGGCUGGCAGCAUUCUUUCCUUUCAAAGCUCCUCUGUCUGUCUCUCUCUUCCCCCUCCUUUAUUUUUCAUCCCUUUUCUUUACUUUUGCUGUCUUUUCAUUCUGUUUUUCUCCACCCCCUUGGGGCUCCAUUUUUUUCUUUCCCUUUUCCUCUAUUCAGUUCCUUUUUUUCUUCUCGCAUCUCUUUUGAAUAGCUCGGCUAUUUUCGGAGAGGAAAGGGACUGUGCCGGGGAGAAGCCGUUACAGCAAGGAGGAACUUGAAAGUCUUUUCUUUCCCUGUUUAUUUCGUUUAAAAGCAAAAACUGUUUUCCAAGGCAGAGCGAGGGUUUGUGUGGAGCCUUUGAAGCCAGGCUGGGACAGCAGCAGGGCUGGGGCCCUCCCUGCUCCGGAUUUUCUGCUGGUCCCAAACCGGUGACAAAGCCCUGGAGCUCUGGGUGCUGCCAGAGGGGUCCAGGCAGCCACAGCCCCUCUGCCCCAGCUCACCCCACACCAGGCACUGAGCUAAAGGCUGUUCCUGCCUCUGGGCUCUGCAUCCAGCGGUUUUAGGAGUGAUGUGACAAGCUCUAAGGGCAGAUCCUGCAGGGUGGACACUGGCCGUGGUCAGUCCCCGUGGUCAGUCCCUGCGCUCAGCUCAGAGGGACACGAGCUGCCAGGGGUCAGUCCCUUUCCCAGGGCAGUGAGGAAGGGCUCACACACAUCCACAAGGCCAUGGUGAUGUGGGCUCUGAGGAGAGCCCUGGCUCAGCAGGGGCUGGCCCAGCACUGCUCCAGGUGCCACCAGGGCUCAGCUGGCUGUCCCCGCUCCCUGUGCCCUGCUGCCACACCCUGGGAAGGGCUGGGAGGGCACAAGGGCUGGGAGGUCAGGACUGAACACCAUCCGUGCCUGGGAGGAGAUGCUGAGCAGCAGGAGCUCCUUGGGAAGGCAGGUGGGGUCAGGAAGGAUCCGCUCCCCAGAACGCUCCUGCCUGGGCACCACGCUGGGCGUGAACCGUUGGUGCAGCUGCAGAGGGGAUUUGGUGAGGGUUUGAUGUGACUUUGGGGAGGUUUUGCUGUAGUUUUGGUGAGGUUUUGCUGCAGUUCUGGGGAGGUUUUGCUGCAGUUUUGGUGAGGUUUUGCUGCAGUUUUGGUGCACCUUGGGCUGCUCACACAGCACAGGUUUCCCCCUGCAGAGCAGAAUGCUGGCUCCAGCAUUUCUCUGCUCAGCCCAUCCAAGGUUCCCUAAGGAGAACACCCCAGGGCAGGGACAGGCUGGUGGCCACGGGCUGCUCCACAGGUCCUGGCUGUGCCACAGCACAGGAUCCUGUGGGAGUGUCCCCAAGCCAGAGCCAGGCUCCUUCCACUGCUCCAGAGCCAGACCCACCCGUGUUCCCCCAUAUCCCACUGCCCCAAAUGGAUGCAAUCAGGACUCUGAACCUUUCCCACGUGGGUUUGAGUCUCCCCUUGUUUUGCUGUAACACAGAAUUUGAUGUGUGGCACAGGAGUGCUGCCCUCUGUGCUGGCUGUGUUGGGAUCAUGGAGCCAGAAUCCAGAUUUGGAGGGAGCUCAGGACCACCUGGCCCAGCCUGUUCUGGGACAAGAGGGACAGGAGGGUCAGGGCUGGACAGGGGGUGGCAGGGCAGUGUCACCCCCUCGUCCUCAGCCAGGAGGGGUCCCGUGCCAGGCGUGUGGGCUGGCCGGUGGUUAAUUAAACAGAUCAUUUCUUUAAUGUGAGAUUCAAGUAAUUGUAACCCUGAGAUAGGGAAGGCUUUGGGGGAGAUGAAAAGGGAGAGAGAGAGAAAGGAAGCAAAGGACAGAGGUUCAGAAUGGAGAGGGAGAUUAGGAGAGAGAUGAAAGAGAGAGGAGAAAGAUAAGAGGGAGAGAGGGGACAGAUCUCGGCGCGAGAUGGGCGUUGCCAGGGAAACGGGAAGAAUGAGGGAGCAAGGGAGGGAUGGAGGA